AGCCUGUGCUGUUUUUUCAGCAAGCCUUUCCCCGUUGCUCUCCUGAUUACCAGAUCAAGUCAUUGGAUCUGCGCCACAGACAGUAUUGGAUGCACAGUGUGUGCCCUUUGAAGGGAAUAGGGAGGUUGCCGAUGAGGGAAAGUACCGGAGCUGCUGUUUAGGCAAGGGAAUGGAUGGAAUCCUCUUUUAAGGCAAGAGCAAGCGGGAGAGAGAGUAGCAGCGUGAGUAUAGGGAUAGACCUGGAGUGCAGCAAGAGCAGCACAGAGCAGAGUGGUGGGAACUGCCGGACUAUGCAGUGCUGCACAUCUUUAUUGCACCACAUUGUCAGAGGGUGCUGGCAGCCCCAUUACUUUCACUUCAUCCUCGUGGACUCCAGUUCCUCUCCAAAACGUUUGCAACACAAACCCAGACGCCCACCGGCUGGGGCUGGAGCGGGGAGAAGAAGUGGAGCUCCGGCUCGUUGCUGUGUUUUCUGUUUCAGUUGAGUUCACAAGCGUGAUUGUCUCCAGCAGCGCCGGUUGUGUAUCUCUGUGAGCAAUGGCCCCAUUCUUACGAAUAUCUUUCAACUCCUUUGAGCUGGGACCUGUGCAGAAUCAAGGGGAACAACUGCAGCCUUUCUGUGCCAUCAAAAUGAAGGAAGCAUUGACUACAGAGAGAGGAAAGACUCUAGUGCAGAGGAAACCUACCAUGUAUCCAGAAUGGAAAUCAACCUUUGAUGCCCACAUUUACGAAGGACGAGUGAUUCAGAUUGUUCUCAUGAAGGCAGCAGAAGAGCCGUUAUCUGAAGUGACUGUGGGUGUGUCGGUCCUGGCAGAGCGGUGCAAGAAAGGCAAUGGCAAAGCCGAAUUCUGGCUUGACCUACAACCUCAGGGGAAGGUGCUGAUGGCUGUGCAGUAUUUCUUGGAAGAUGCAGAUUGCAAACAGUCAAUGAGGGAAGGAGAAGGGACAGUAACUAUGAACAGGAGAGGAGCUAUCAAGCAAGCCAAAAUCCACUACAUCAAAAAUCAUGAAUUUAUUGCUACCUUCUUUGGACAACCUACAUUUUGCUCUGUCUGCAAGGAGUUUGUAUGGGGACUCAACAAGCAGGGGUACAAAUGUAGGCAAUGCAAUGCUGCUAUUCAUAAGAAGUGUAUUGAUAAAAUCAUUGGGAGGUGUACUGGUACUGCAGCCAACAGCAGGGACACAAUGUUUCAGAAGGAACGCUUCAACAUUGACAUGCCUCAUCGCUUCAAAGUUUACAACUACAUGAGCCCUACCUUCUGUGACCACUGCGGCAGCCUGCUCUGGGGGCUGGUCAAACAAGGACUCAAAUGUGAAGAAUGUGGGAUGAAUGUGCAUCAUAAAUGUCAGAAGAAGGUGGCGAACUUAUGUGGAAUAAACCAGAAGUUGUUAGCUGAAGCUUUAAAUCAAGUUAGCCAGAAAUCUUCACGAAGGUCUGAUUCCGGAUCUGUAGAAAGUGUUGGCAUUUAUCAAGAUUUUGAUAAGAAAUCUAAAGCUCCAGGAGGAGAUUCAACAGCAGAUAGCAGCGAGUACGAUAAACUCUGGGAGGGAAUCACAGCCAAGUCAGCGUCGCGAAUUGCAAGCAGGAGGAAAUUCAACAUAGACAGCUUUGUCUUCCAUAAAGUACUAGGGAAAGGAAGUUUUGGAAAGGUUCUCCUUGCUGAGCUGAAAGGGAAGAACGAAUUCUUUGCUAUCAAAGCUCUGAAAAAAGAUGUGGUGCUCAUUGAUGAUGAUGUGGAAUGCACCAUGGUGGAAAAGCGGGUCCUGGCACUUGCAUGGGAAAAUCCAUUUCUCACACAUCUUUACUGCACGUUUCAGACAAAGGAUCAUCUGUUCUUUGUUAUGGAGUUCCUGAAUGGGGGAGACCUCAUGUUCCACAUACAAGACAAGGGGCGUUUCGAUCUCUACAGAGCAACGUUUUAUGGAGCUGAAAUUCUCUGUGGGCUGCAGUUUCUUCACAGCAAAGGCAUUAUUUAUAGAGACCUAAAACUGGACAACGUGAUGCUUGAUAAAGAAGGCCACAUCAAAAUAGCUGAUUUUGGCAUGUGCAAAGAGAACGUUGUUGGAGAGAACAAGGCAAGCACUUUCUGUGGGACCCCAGACUACAUUGCUCCUGAGAUCCUGCAAGGUUUGAGGUACACCUUCUCUGUGGACUGGUGGUCAUUUGGGGUCUUGCUCUAUGAGAUGCUUAUUGGACAGUCGCCUUUCCACGGGGAUGAUGAAGAUGAACUGUUUGAGUCAAUCCGUGUGGACACCCCUCACUACCCACGCUGGAUCACCAAGGAAUCUAAAGAUAUCCUGGAAAAGCUCUUUGAGAGGGAUCCAUCACGACGACUUGGGGUCACUGGGAAUAUCAGAGACCAUCCUUUCUUCAAAACCAUCAACUGGGCAGCGCUGGAGAAGAGGGAGGUGGACCCUCCUUUCAGGCCAAAAGUGAAAUCAGCAAGCGACUACAACAACUUUGACAGAGAAUUUCUGAGUGAGAAGCCGAAGUUGUCUUACAGUGACAAAAACCUGAUCGAGUCCAUGGAUCAGUCUGCAUUUGAUGGAUUUUCUUUCAUUAACCCUAAAUUUGAACAGAUCUUGGACAAAUGAGUCUCUGAACAGCUGGACUUGAAAGCAGAGUUAAACGUUCUAAACCUGACACUCCCGCGUGCACAGUGUUCUGCAUUCCAAGGGCGGUGUUGAUCCUUUGGAAUAAUACACAGUAGCGUGAUUAAUUGUGUCCGGCUGCUGAUUUCCUGGCAGUGUUUUUAUGCAUGGUUGGGUUUAAGGCAUGUGAAUCUUGUGCGUUAUUUUCUCUAUUUGGGAAAAUGUAAAUUCUAUUUGGUACUUGAAUGUAGUUAUGUU